AUGGCGGCCGCCGCGAGCCCCCGCGACGUGGAGGCGCAGCUGGCGGCGCCGACGCCCACGGCGACCGACAGCGACAGCGACAGGACCGACAGCGACAGGACCGACGGCGACAGCGAGGGCGCCUCGACGAGGCCCGCGGCGACAGGGCCCGCGGCCACGGCGCUGGCAGCGGCGGCGGCGGGGCCGGCAGCCACAGGGCCGUCUGCGGCAGGGCCAGCAAAGUGCGCCGCGCGGCCGGGCUCCGGGCGGCCGCGUUGCUGCCUCGGUGCGCUCCGCGGCCUGCUCACCCCGGCGCAGUGGCUGUACUGCGCCGGGGCCGUGCUGCUGGAGCUCGUGCUCGUGUGGCUGACGCGGCAGACCAUGACGUCCUCGCCCGCCGGAGGAGAGGUGUGGGUCUACAACAUCGCGCACCUGAUGCUGGUCUGCCUCUACCCGCGGGCUGCGGCGGCGCCG